GAAAUUUAUACUCAGACACAGAAGAAACUAUCUGAUUUACAAUACUGAUGAACAGGACAAGACCCAAAAUGGAUCCUUCUGAUACACCCUUGGUAACUGGCAGGACAACUUGGAUUUGGGUUAUGAAUUAAUGAAAAUGAAUGAAUGAAUUAUUCAAUCAAUCAUUUAUGUUAGAGGGAUGUUUUCAAAAUCCAUGAGAUGACAGUAGGUUUUGCUCAGAUAGCAAUUAUACAUAGUUCAUGAUGACACAGAUGUGUCAGAUGGGAAAAAGCUAUGUUUAGACAUUUGCAACUUUAAGGUUUUUAAUGCUUUUUAAUUCCCUCCCCUUUUAGAGAGUCCAAAGACUAAAGCUAAUCACACAAAGUUAAACCCUGUUUUAUGGUACCGCCACUGAUAGUCACAGUCAGCAGAUUUGUCACCCAAGGCUCAAACACCAACCAGCUCUGGCUGAUACUUCAGAGUUUCAUUUCGACAGAACCACGCAGAUGUGCUCAGAGCUGUAAGUUCUAAUUAAUAAUGUGAUUGGUAGUUAACGAUUACAAAAGGUUUGUGUUGCUGUUUGGCAAAGUUUGAUCUGGGGUGUGUGGUAUCAAUGCAGAUAGAAAAAUUACAAAGGAAACAGUAUCAUAAAUAUGUAGGGAAUGUAUAGGUACGGAAUUUUGCUGCUGAAGCCAUUCACUUCAUGUGAUUUUUGUUUUCAAGGUUUGGUGGAAAUCAUAGGGUUGACUGAGAAAUUUACGUUCAAUCCUAAAGAGGGGAUAGACAACCCAGUGAUGGUCAUCACAGAAGACACAGACUCUGUGCCGACACCCAGCCCACGUUUGUGUGUUCUUAAACGAGAGGAAGGGGAGUCCUAUGGCUUUCGUCUGCGAGUGGAGAGGGGGCGCCAGGGUCAUAUAAUCAGAAAUGUGGAGUUAGGGGGAGUGGCAAGGUGCAGUGGCCUUCAAGAUGGAGACAGACUUCUGGAAGUCAACAACUGCUUUGUUGAUGAUGUUCCUCACCCUGAGGUGGCCAGGAAGAUAAAGCUAAGUGGAAACCAAUUAUGUUUAUUAGUGUUGGAUGUGGAGGCGUAUGAGCAGGCGAUGUCGCAAGGCCAAGACCUCCAAGGUCUGGCCAAAGCACACAAGGGAAAGGGCUGUAAACCACCCAGACUCUGCCACAUCAUCAGGGACCCUGUCUCAGGUCUGGGCAUCAACUUCACACCUGUGGAAGGAGAGAAAGGUCGCUUCUCUGUGAACCUGGUGACAGGAGGUGCAGCUGAAAAGGCGGGGGUGUGUAAGGGAGAUCGCCUGGUGUGGAUGAACGGAGCAACAGUGUCUGACCUCUCACACUCUGCACUCAGCAGGAUGAUGAAAAAAUGUGGCAAUCACAUCACCAUCCUGGUGACUGACAGUGAGAGUGAGAAGAACUACAUGCGACAGAAGAUGCCUAUCCUACCCACCAUGGCUGUUCCACAUAACCUGCCUUAUAGGGCCAGAAAACUCCACAUGGUGUCUGGGCCUGAGGGCUAUGGCUUCCUCCUUCAGCUGGAGAAGGCACCAUCAGGACGUACAUCUCAUGUUCUACGUGAGAUGGACAGAGGCAGUCCAGCAGAAAGGGCGGGUAUGCAGGACGGAGAGAUCCUGCUGGAGAUCAAUGGAGAGUCAGUGGAGACACUGACGCAUGAAGAGAUUGUGGACAGAGUGAGAAAGAGUGGACAAAAGGUUUCCUUGACCUCCAUCACUCCCCAAGGUCUAGAGUUUUACACCCAGUUGGGUCUGUCACCUCUUCUCUUCUGUGAGGAUGAUGCAGCUGAGAAAGAAAAGGAGAGUUGUGUACGGGCCACUGAAGCAGAGGAGUCAGCACAGAAGGAAAUGGAUGGUUUGCGCAAGGCUAGACUCUGUUCCCUCCAAAAAGGCCCUUUGGGGUUUGGCUUUAAUCUGGGCUGUGUCCCACAGAGUCCUGGGACAUUCAUCAGCCAGGUGGCUUUUGGUGGCUCUGGGCAGAGUGCAGGACUACUUGUGAGCGAUGUGGUGAUGGAAGUCAAUGGACAAAAUGUGGAGGAGAAAUAUCUGGAAGAUGUGAUAAUGCUUGUGAAGGAAGGAGGAUGUUUUCUUUCAUUGUUAGUCAUGGAUAAGACCAGCUAUAACAAAAUGAAGCAGGCUAACGCACCAACAAGAGAUGCCACUGACAGCGAGCAGGAGGAAGAAAACUGUGAGAUAUCAUCUUUGUGAGAAA